GAAGCUAAUUAUUCCUGUUAAUCAGCAGGCGCUCGAGCUGACUCACUAUAGAGCCAUAUUCCACAUUAGGACAUGCACACACCACUGACCCUCCCCAUACUGUACUCACUCACACACAUGCGCACACUCACUCAUACAAGUGCUCUCCAAACAGUUCGCUCUCACUUCAGCUUUGCACAGGAUGUUAGGAAAUCAGGGCUGUUGCUGAAACCCAGUGAAGGUCGCCGGGGUUGCUCUUCCCCAUCCGCACACACUCCACCUGACGUGAGCACCGCCGUGCAGCAGAGCUGGAGCUCAGUCCCAGUUGUCUCCCACUCGUGUGAGGAGCCUGCUGGUGAUCGGACUGUUGCCUGGAGCAAGUUGGCCGGACUGGAGUUGAUUUCAUUUUACAGCCCAGUCGCUCUGUGAAGCACAGAUUUGAGGGGAGACGCUGCAGAGAAGAAGAGGAGGAGUGAUGGCUAUGACCAACAUUGCAGAGGAUGACCUGGAUGAAAUGAUGCGAGAGGAAGCGGAGGACGUCUUCUUUGAAGACGGAGUGUCGUCUCGUAUCCCGGAGAUCAUGGCGGCUGGCACACACUCCCCUGGAGGGCCUAAUGGUAUAAUACGGAGCCAGUCCUUUGCGGGCUUCAGCACUCUGCAGGAACGGCGCUCGCGGUGCAAUUCCUUCAUGGGAAACUCUGCAGUACCGAAGAAGCCUCAAUCCAAGCCUAAGAAGCCCCACCUCUCAGGCCACAAGGGGGGCAGCAGUUCCAGAGAGCCGCAGCCCAAAAGACUGGAGGAGGUUUACAAUGCCCUCAAACAAGGCCUGGAUGAAUACCUUGAAGUUCAUCAAACGGAGCUGGACAAACUGAUGUGUCUGAUGAAGGACAUGAAGAGGAACUCACGUUUGGGAGUGCUGUAUGAUCUUGACAAGCAAAUAAAAAGCAUCGAGAGGUACAUGAGGCGUCUGGAGUUUCAUAUCAGCAAGGUGGACGAGCUGUACGAGGCCUUCUGCAUCCAGAGCCGGCUGAGGGACGGCGCCAGCAGGAUGAAGCAGGCCUUCUCCUCCUCUCCCUCCACCAAAGGCACCAAAGAAAGCAUUGCUGAGGUCAACCGCCGCUACAAAGAGUACACCGAGAACAUGAGCACCUUUGAGGCCGAACUGGAGAACCUGCUCGGGGAGUUUCACAUCAAGAUGAAGGGUUUGGCUGGUUUUGCUCGACUCUGUCCUGGAGACCAAUACGAGAUCUUCAUGCGGUACGGUCGCCAGCGGUGGAAGCUGAAAGGCAGGAUCGAGGUGAACUCCAGACAGAGCUGGGACGGAGACGAGAUGGUCUUCAUGCCUCUCAUCUCUGACCUCAUCAACAUCAAGGUGACAGAGCUGAAGGGCCUCGCCACUCACAUGCUGGUGGGCAGCGUCAUCUGUGAGACCAAAGAGCUGUUCACCGCCAUGCCUCAGGUGGUGGCGGUGGACGUCAACGACCUGGGAACCAUCAAACUCAACCUGGAGGUGACGUGGUACCCCUUUGAUGUUGAGGACCUGACUCUGUCAUCUGGUAAUUUAAGCAAAGCCACAGCUCUCCAGAGGCGAGUGUCUGUCUACAGCCAGGGCACCCCGGAGACCCCCACUUUCCAGGACAACUCCUUCUUUUCCACUUUACCAGACGAUGUCUUUGAGAACGGCGGCUGCGGCGUGGCGGAGUGCAAGCGCCUCUCCUUCACCUUCUCCGACACCUCCGGUUCUUCAAGCAGUCCGGCCCCGGCUUCCUUCUCCCAAAGCCAGUCCAACCCGGAAAUCACCGUCACCCCUCCAGAAACUGAAUCUUUACCCGCACAAACGCUCCCAGCCAGGGAGAACUCCAUUGCAGAGGAGCAUUUAGUGGAAGAAGAAGAGGAGGAGGAAGAUGAAGAAGAAGAAGAGGAGGAGGAGGAGUAUGAAGAGGAUGGAGAGACUGGCAGCAGAGGCAGCAGGACCAGCGCAAGCCUCGCCAGCGAUGACGUGGAUGUCGCAGAGGACUCAGAGUGGGAACGCACAGAGUCCCAACGUAACUCUAGCUCCAACUGUGGCUCCGCCGCCCCCUCCCUGUGCUCCGAUGGACACCUGUCCACAGUGGCCCCCGAGGAUGUGUUCCUGGAUCACGCCGAUGACCUGAAGCCCGUCGAACUGGACACAGAGGAACCAGGCAACCUGACCAGACAGCUUGUGAAGAGGCUGACUUCUUCAGAAAUUGUGCCGUCCGGUGGAAGCGCCACCGACGGUGGGGGGAGCCUGAGCUGGACGGGUGAGGGGAGCAGGGCGUUCCUGGAAAGCAGCCUAGAGGAGGCCAUCCACAGUCUGCUGGCCAGGCUGGAGUCACUGACUCACCGCUGCAGAGAGCUGCAGGAUCUGGAGCAGGAAGUGAUGCGCCUGGAAGACCUUCUUAAGUGCCGUCUCCCAGGUCACAGGAGUCGGUCCUCCAGCCUCAGUCUGACAGUGGAGAGCGCUCUGGAGAGUUUCGACUUCCUCAACACCUCCGACUUUGACGACGAGGACACAGGAGAUGACAACACCAGCCUGAGCAUUCCUCAGCAGAGGUCACCACUUUUCGACACUGAUGGAGAGAGGAUUGGGGGUCAGCACCCAGAAGCCAGAGGACACCUGAGUGAAGCCCUGACGGAGGACACGGGAGUGGGCAACAGCGUAGCAGGAAGCCCCCUGCCGCUCACAACUGGAAACGAAAACCUGGAUGUAGCCAUCGUCAUCCACCUGCAGUACUGCAACCACCUGGUGCAGAUGCUGAGCAGUGGCGUGGGAGUGUGGCAGCGCCGCAGUCUGCUCCUCAAGCUGUCCGGACAGACUCAGCUGCUGGAGGAGCUCGGAGAGAUCAGCGCAGACCGCCUGGGGACGGUCACCUCUGCAGCUGACGUUCUUCCGAGCCUUGCAGAGCGCCCCCAGCUGAUGAGUCUGUGGUCGGAGUGCAGCGGAUCUGCUGGACUCUUCCACACCACACUGGACAGAGUGCUGAAACACUUGAACCAGCGGUACACGGCCGUCCUGCAGGAAAAACAUCCACACAGCACAGACAGAGUGAUUGGCAUCGUUGUGGGAGAGAUGGUGGACAGGAGGGAUCUGGAGUUUGACUUGAACCCUCCUGCUGCCGCCCUGUCACAGGACGUCCUGACUGUGUUUCAGUUCCACAGCUACAUCCAACAACAUGAAGUUCAGGACAUGGAGACGCACCUGCUGCACCUGGCUAGAGAGGAGGUUUUUGCAGAGGUCCUCAGCUCUGGGGAUUCUUCUCAAUGUCUGGCAGAACUGGAGGAGGUUCCUCUGUCAUUUCUUUGGCCUCGAAACACAUCCCUGAGAGUCCUGGCCUCCCUGCUCACUGCAAAUGAGCAGCAGGUCAGCAAGGCAGCGGCUGAUUACCUCUCCUCUGGAGCGGCGAGCAGACACUUCAGGAUGAGGGCGGUGGAGUAUUACACCCAAGCACUGUCGGAGGCUGGAGUUCAGAGUCAGAGAGCGGCCUGCUCCGCCCUCAGCUGUCUGCAGGCAGUGGAGAGCAUCAGAGCAAUCAUAUCACUCUGCGAUUCUGCCGAUGAGGAGCUCCGCCAUGUCGCCAUAGAAACGCUGCUCACAUUUGGUGAGGAAGGGCGACUGGCGUAUGAGCAGCUGGACACUUUGUCAGGAGAGCUGAUCCGUCUGGGCACGCGGCGAGGAAACGCCGUCACCACCGCCUUCUGAGCCGCCACAUCAAACUCCAUCCUUGCUUGACUGCAGAGGACGGCUGUAACCUCAGGCUUCACAGAGCUGAUCUGUUUUCUGGCUGUCCGGCGAGCUGUCAGUCGCUCCUUCAGAAGAAUUAACUCAAGAAAAUUUGACACCAACAGGAACACAAUCUAUAAUCUCACCACGUUACACCCUUGAACUCACCUUUUCUCUUUAAACUUCAACGUCAGACACUCCCACGCUUCUCCUUUACCCUGCUCUCUGAGCCAGGCAGAUGGGUGACAUCGAAUAAAGACUGGACCCAAAUCUGCUCGAAGCAUCUUUACCCUCCAAACAUUCUCUGCCGACAGACUGCACGUCACUCAGAUCACAUUUUAGGCUUUGUUUAUCCACAAGGAAGCUUUUAUUUUUUUUUUUGCAUUCGAAUUCUUGUGAUUUUAGAAGAUUGCACACUUGUAUGGCUUGUAAAUACGGAAUAAUUCAGACUUUGGUGUAAAAUGUUGGGUUUAUGAUGUAAUUUAUUACCAUCCACUUUUUUUUUUCUUCUUUUCAGUAAUGCUUGGGUUUAAAGAUGUUUGGCACAAGAGCGUUUGUUAGAUAUCAGAAAGCAGUUUACAGUCUGUGUGAAGGUGGUGUUCAGUGCCCAGGGUCCAUUCACUCAGCCGUUUACAUGCUUGCAGUUUAACAAGUGCAAUUUUCUGUACAUAUGUGAUUCUUUUGCACCUGGCUGAUGUGAGAAGCCUGUUUUUUUAUUGUCCGCUUUGAUCACCUGAGCCUUGAUGUGGUUGAGCAGGUAAAUUUUACAAAUGUAAAUGCUUUUUUUCUUAACAAAUCCAGAGCCAUUCAAAGGCAAUAAAUUCUUUUAGUCAUUUUAGUGUUUUUAGGUACCGAUUGAUUAAGCCUCACAUUUCUUUGUAUUGGUUGAUGGACAUAGUGGGUCUGAUUAAAGCAACUUAUCCCAGAUCCUUAUAUUGUUACAUUACUACUGAUUUUAAUGCACAAAACCUACUCGUUACCAUAUCUUAUUUAUAUUUCUCAGAAUUCUAAUUAGGUUUGGAGCUAUACUAUAUACAUACAUUCUGUAAAUUAUUUGUAUAUUUGUUUUUGGCUUUUUUUAUUCCAUACCUUCAUGCUUAAUUUAGUUUAUUUUGAAGGAAUAUUAGAAUUAUUUUGAAAGGAUUUGCUAAUAUGGGUAGUUUUUUAACCUAACAUACUGUUUUAGAGAUUUUAAGUAGAUUUAUCAUAACCAAACAUAAAAUUUAGGUUCCACAAAAAUACAAAAGAAUGUAUUCAUGUCUGCAUUUAGAGAAGCACAAUUAAAAACAAACCGAUUACUCCUGUUAGAUUUGGUUGUUACUGCACAAUAAGAAAGCCAUACUGAUUUUAACGGGGACAUGUUUAUGAAAUAUGGUUCAGUACUGUAUCAUAUGUAAAUGUGUGAAGUUAUUUAAAAAGCUAAGCUUUUUUGCUGAACAAAUAAGGUAAACUUAUUUUUCUUUCCAUGUGAAAAAAAAACAGUAUUUUGUUUCGGUGUUGGAUUUAAAUCCCUCAGUGGAUGAGACAUUUUCUUACAUAAACUUGCAGGAAAUAAUGUUUAGCUAGAAGGUCCGACUCACAAAUACAAGCUGGCAUAAACGUGCUCAUCUGAAACCUGUGAUUUAACACUGAACUUCAUUUAUCUGUGGUGAUUGCUUCAGCACUAUUUGCUUGCAUACUACUUUGUUGGUAACUGCAGUAUUCCUUCUGCUAAGACACUGCAAUAAAGUUUAUUUUUGCAUAUUAA